UUGGAGGGUGUGUCCUGUAGGAGGCGGUGAGAGCCGGGAGCAGGGUAUGUCUGCCGGGUGCAGUCAGUGCUAUAAGUGCUGUUGUGUCUGGCUGGCUGUACCAGGUCGUGCGCCUCCUCACUGAUCCACUGCUAGAGAGAUGUGCCCCUAGAUGAGGAAGGUAACAUGGAGGAGGAGACUCAUUUACAGCCAUCACCCAUAAAAGAUGACGAGAUGCACAACUUCCAUGUAGCAGAAGAUGUUUGGGCUCCCAGACAAUGGAGGGAUACGGAAUACAAAAAUAGACUGAAUAUGGAUUUCCAGCUGACCGGUUCCAGCCCGGAUCCUGGCAACUUUGAGAGAGCAGUGUAUUACGAUAUGAUUGACUGGGACUCUGCCAGCACCUCCCGCCGGAAAAUGGAUCUAUUCCCAAAGUGGCAUCUGCCAGUAAAAGUGGCAUUUUCCCUAUCAAUGGUCAUUUUCUUAUAUACUUUUAGCCGAGAAGUUUUGCACCCAUUUCUGAUGCAUAAGAAAAAUGAAUUCUACAGAAUCCCAAUUCUGGUGGUGAACAAAGUGUUGCCAGGAGUUGCCAUCACCCUGUUGACUAUGGCGUAUUUGCCUGGAAUAUUAGCCACCAUAAUCCAACUUUAUCGCAGCACAAAGUACAGCAGAUUUCCCCAGUGGCUGGACACAUGGAUGCUGAGACGGAAGCAGUUUGGCCUCCUCAGUUUCUUCUUGGGAGUGAUGCAUGCGAUGUACAGCUUGUCCUACCCCAUGAGGCGAUCUUACAGAUACAAGCUCCUGAACUGGGCGUAUGAGCAGGUGAAACAGCAAAAAGAAAAUAGCUGGAUUGAGCAUGACGUAUGGCGCAUGGAGAUUUACGUGUGUCUGGGAAUUAUAGCACUUGCCAUUUUAGCCAUACUGGCGGUCGCAUCAGUCCCGUCUGUUGGGAACGCUCUGUCCUGGCGAGAGUAUCACUUCAUCCAGAGCAAGAUGGGCUAUGUAGCUCUGUUCCUGAGCACAGUACACACACUCGUAUUUGCCUGGAAUAAAUGGGUGGAUAUCAACCAGUUUAUAUGGUACACACCACCCACAUUUAUGUUGGUAUCGUUCCUUCCCGUCAUCGUCCUACUCUGCAAAGUGACUCUACUGCUGCCGUGCUUCAGCAAGAGAAUCCAGAGGAUUCGGUGCGGCUGGGAGUCAGACAGAAAAAUGGCCGGCAAAUGCAUGCUCACACACUUGUAAUAUUUAUUUCAAAUAUAACAUUCAGAAUCUA